UAAAACACAUAAGUUUUCGUCAAUAUUGUGUAUGCACCGAAGAGAUGGACGUAGUAAAGAAGUCAUACUAUGAUGUUACCAGAAAUAUUAUAAUUUUAACAGGGUUAAGUGUACAUCAUCCGAAAUGGCUCAAUUUCUUGUUAAAAUCAUUCACUUUUUUUACUAUGUUUUCUUUUAUAUGUGUUCAGAUUGCAGGAUUAAUAAAAGAAUAUGGAAAUAUUGACAUGGUAUUGCAGUGCGUUACACCAGUAUGUUAUUCUUCAAUGGCUGCAAUUCUUUAUACAAAUAAUAAUCUGAAAGUAAAACAAGUAAUCAGUUUAAAUUUUUUUUUUUGCUUCCUCAAAAUAAACGCUGUUUUUGUGAAAAUGCAAGAUGAUUGGGACACAUUAACAUCAGAAAAUGAAGCUAUUAUUCUACACAAAUAUGGCAGAAAGUGCAAAAUUUUCACUAGCAUAUACACUUGUAGAUAUUUUUAUUUGAAAAACAAAUUAAAAUAUUCAGAAAAUAGUAGAAAAAUCAUUAAGUUUUUACAAUUAAUUGUUUAUUUGGGACAUGGAUUUUUCUACUAUUUAUCACAUGGCAUUCCCAUGUUAAUUAUCAUUAUGAGACACGAUGAUACACCUAAGCCGCUUAUGUUUUUUAUUGAGUGUGGUAUAAAUUUACAAAAGUAUUAUGUCGUUGUAAUACUUUAUAGUUAUAUUGUUGGUUACGUUUGUAGUUAUGCGAUUGUAAAUGGAGGUACAAUUCUUAUAACGUUUCUUGAGCAUGCUUGUGGAAUAUUUGACAUUUUAGGGCAAAAAUUGACUACUGCCAUAAAAGAAUAUCCUGCUUCUAUUAAUAAAAUUAGUUCUCGAAAAAAGCUCCAUCAAGAAAUUAAACUUUGUGUGGCAAUGCACAGAAAAGUUCUAUUAUUUAUCAAUGAUAUUCAGAAUGCUUUUUCAACUUCGUUUCUUCUUUUCUUUGGGCUUAGUGCAAUUUUGUUAAGCGUCACGGGAGUCCAAUGUGUGAUGAGUUUGAAAAAUUCUGGGGAUGCAUGCAGGUUUGGAUGUUACGUAAUAUUUCAAGUGUUUAAUAUUUUCUGUUUAACUCUACCAACUCAACAUUUACUGGAUAGCAGCCUUAGUCUUUCUACCUCAAUAUACAAUGCAGAUUGGUACCAUUUGACAAGUGAAACAAAACAAUUGUUAAUCAUAAUAAUGAGAAAAGGAUCUGAACCUACUACAUUUGUCGUUGGCAAAGUAUUCGUACUUUCAUUACAAUUUUUUACAAAGGUUCUCCAAACAUCUAUGUCCUAUUUUACUGUAUUGAUGUCUGUACGAGAAUAAAAAGAAAUAUUGACUAUUCUGUUAUAAGAUAUACUAAUAUGUAAAUGUAAAUAGGCUUUCUUAAAUCUUUAAUAGUAGACAAAAUGUUUAGAGCAUCACAAAAUGUAUAAAAUCAAUAUGUGGAAUCAAUGUAAUUAUAUUGUAUUAAUAUUACUUUCCUUAAAUCUUGAAAUUGUAAUAAAGAAUUGAAAGAAACUUUCUGUAGUGCGAUUUAUGACGA